AUGCUUGGUACCGUCAGGGUUUUCUUCGGCAUCAGCUCAACAAUCCUUGCGACCCUGAGUUUGAGGAUUACCGGGCCUGCAUCCUCGAAGAGCUUGCCGCUCGUGGCCUGCGACUGCCUGGAAGCCGCUGAUGUGCCAACAAUGGAUGUGGGGAUUCGGGGCGCCGCGGUCGCGGGAGGAUCGCGUUUGGAUGCGAAUGUCAUCGGAUCGUUGCCACUGCAACCUCAAGAGGGUGGCGUGCACCGCGUGGUCAAAGUCAAGUACCAGGCCAAUCGCUGUAAAGUCUUCGCCAUACUGAUCUGCAUUGUCUCGCAGGUCUUCGGUGUGGCAGUAGGUGCAGGCAUCAUGGGUGCCACUGCUGCGCUGGCAGUUCUCAAUGUCGAAGCAGAAGAAGAAGCAGAUCUUGCAAUUGAAGCAAAGUCGCAGGAGAUUCUUGCGAGCUUCGCCGACCGCACGGAGAAGAGGCGCGAGUGGUUGCGCCAGCGGAGAGCUCGCAGAGAAGGCACCUUGGAGGGUGAGGACGAGUACGAAGAUUCAGAACCUGCUUCUCCCAGCUCGCCCACGUCACCCACCAUACACCCUGAGGAUGCAGAGCCUUUCUUCGAUGACGGCAGCCCGCUGCCCUCAGACAUCAGCAAUCUCAGGGCUACCUUGCAGGCAAGGCUGAAAGCCCUCCGAAGCUUGGAGGACGAGGCUGGAUCCAGGCAGAAGUCCUCCUUAGAGGCAGGGCGGGAUGACGGCGAGGCUACGAUUUGUCAAGAGGCAGCGGAGGCUGUUGGAUUUGUAGAAUUUGGUGCAGUCCUCCAGUUCCUGUCCCACGGAGUUCCCCAGCGUCCUGCCGACAUCCAGAACUGGCCCACUGGCGAGAUGGGGACACUGAAAUCACGGUUCCAGGUCAACAAGCUGCUUGCCACUUGUGUCAAGAAGGCGAAAUGGGCCAAGGCAAUUCGUGUAUUUUCAGAGAUGCAAGUGCAACAGAUGCAACCUGCAACGGUCACCAUCAACACCACGAUCCGCGCCUGCGAGAGAGGAAGUGCGUGGGAGGAGGCGCUUCAUAUUUUCAACCAGGCGUCCUGCUCUGGCUAUCCACCAUUAGACGUGGUGUCUUUCACCACUGCAAUUUCGGCAUGUCGCCAUGGAGGCCGAUGGGCCGAGGCCUUACAACUGCUUUUCAUGCUGCAGCAAGAAGAACAAGAAUCACAUCUGCACGGCCUCCACAUGCAUGAAUUCGAAGACCCUGCAGUGGCUGCUCUGCGCAGGGAAGUUCCGAGGGAAGCCCGCAGCGAACACACACCAGGAUCUACAGAAUUGCCAGGCUUCAAGGGCAGGCAGGUCGAUGUGAUGAUGUGGAAUGCCUGCAUCGCUGCUUGUGAGAAAGCUGCACAAUGGACGUGGGCCAUGCAUCUGCUCCAGCGAGCCUGGCACGUUUUUCUUUCUCCUGACCUGAUCACCUAUAACUCGACGAUGAGCAGUCUGGCACGUGCACGAAGAUGGAACCAGGCCCUGGAGUUGUGGUUUGAGAUGGACUUGGGCGAUCAUGGUGAGCCGAGCCCUGACAUCAUCACCUGCAACACUUGCAUCACGGCCUUUUCCGGGGAUGCCUGGAUUCACGCCAUUCACUUCCUGGACCUAAUUCACGCAAGGGCUUUGCAGCCCACGACGAUCAGCUUCAACGCCCUCAUCUCUGCAUGCGACAAAGGCCAUCAGUGGCAGAAGGCCACGCAGCUCUUCGAAGACAUGUGGCAACACCAUGUCCAGGCCAACCUGACCACCUUCAACACCUCGAUCUCGGCAGGUGAAAAAGGUGCUCCUUGGAGCCAGGCCGUGGCGCUCCUUGCACAGCUGUGCCGAAGUCAGCAGCGCCCUGACUCCCGGAGCUGCGCCGCUGUGGCCACUGCGUGUGCCAAGUCCCGGAGCUGGAGUAUGGCCUUGCACUCCUUGGUGAUGGCCAUGGAUGCGCAGCUUCCUUGGGAGCCAGCAGCCUGGGGGGCAACCUGCAGCACAUGCGCCGCUGCGCAGCAGUGGCGUGCAGCGGCUGCGCUUCUGUCGGCGGAGGAGGGGCAAGCCAAUGCAUCGACAUUGCGACGCGGUCUUACUAUGUCGGCCCUUGCUACCGUGGCUGAAGCUAUCCUGAUGGCUGGCAGGGUGGACCUCACCCACCAACUUCUAGUCCGCUUUGGAUGUGCAGCUGCCUCGUGUCUCCUCUCAAGACAUGAAAUGGGACAUUGGCAUUGCCAAGCCCUGUGCAAGCAGCCAGUCGUCAACGAAGACGCGGUGACAAAUCCCUCAGCGCCUCGUCACCGAAAUGCGGGAGCGCAGCGCACGGGGCUUGGCAAAGCAGUGAUGUGUGCCGGAGUGCCCACCCUGACUUGCAGCUUCGCCGCAGUUUACGUGGUGCGAAAGCUACGGCUCCAGGUCCAGCUGCAACACGCCAAGGCUGACGAGUCGACUGCAGCUCAAGCAUCACAAGCCAACGCGGAGGGGCUCUGUGGCGGUGAAGGCUGUGCCUGCGAAGAUCCGGUCUCACCGUCGCAGCGGCAGCUGCAACAACAGCUCCUCAACAUCUUAUCGUUUCUUUAUUUACGAGAUGCCUUCAUCGCCCUGCCAGCUACUUCACGCUGGAUGCACGAGAUUUUCCAGGAGGAGGUUCUGACCAGCAUCAGACGCAACCUUCUCUGGCCCACCGAAGGCUUUCCGCCAGUUCCGCCGCCGAGGGACCCGCUUGACCUGGGACCUGUUGAGCCCCUGCAGUCGCCUUUGGAAGUUCUGUUUUUGUGGUCUGUUCGCGAGAGUUGGGCCCUUUCCAAAAGUCUGGCCAGCAACGCGCCCCAUCGAGCAUUGCAGCCGCCUGCAGUUCGGAAGGCACCCGGGCCAAUCCUGUGGACCUUGGAACGCCUCGGCUGGAACGAUCACGGUGCCAAAGCCCUGCGUUCAGUACUCAAGUGGAAGGCGGAUCCAGAUGAGCUGGAUACCAACAGGUGGACACCUUUAAUAUGGGCUGCUCACCUUGGAUCCGUUGUCAUUGGCCGCUUGCUUCUGCGUGCCGGUGCGAAUCCUGAUCACAUUGGCGCAGAGGGCUCCUCCGCCCUGAGCGUGGCCUGCCGCUCGGCCCACCGGGAAGUUGUCCAGCUGCUCCUUCUUAACAGAGCCUCACCCUACCUAGUGCCCAUUGGCAAUGGCAACUUCGACCACCACGUGGGCGAGGACAUCUUGGAGAUGGUGCGCCAGUAUCGGAAGUUGUCCACACACCGGGGCAGCUUUGUGCUGAGCUCCAGCUGUUGGGCAGAAUGGCCUGAGAGUCGACCAGCUUUGCUGACGAAAUUGCGAGACUGGACCAGACUGGACCAGGACAUCAAGUACUUGUCGGCCUCUUUGUUGCUAUACCUGCAAAAUGUCGCCCUUGGAAGCGUUGUUGGGACGCAGCUUUUCCACAAUCAAAGUUCUCAUUAUGGAAACGUAAAUGCGGUAAUCCAAGACUGCUCCGUGGUCGUGAGAUCUUGCGCGGGAAGGCCACUCCCUCUGCUCAACUCGCCGGAAAGACUCCUUCGGCACAAACGACAAGCAGGGCCCAAGGAGGAGCUUGGUCAGCUGUUAGACCUACGCCAGCCAGUAAUUCUAAGUGUUCAGAACCCUUCAUGUAAGCUGUCAGGAGAAGCGCGAGAAGAGCCCAGGGCCAGGGCCACGCGAGGCUGCGGCAGCUGCCCUAGCAGCUUCUGUCGCCUUCUUCCGCUCUACCCCAGGCCCAGCACCGCGGCCCAGCCGUCCACGGCCAAGAGGACUCCUCCUCUUGCUGAGGGACCUGACUGGGUGGCCAAGCUGCAUAGGCGCGCCGCAGCGCAGAAAACAAGGUUGGAAGCAAACGAGUUAUCGUUUUUGCGGCCACUUUACCUCGAAGUAGACAGCGUGAAGACGCGGCCGCUCUCUCAUGAUCAGAAGGUGUGUAGCGUGGAGCAACAACUUCCGCCAGGCGGCACCAGCAACGUUGACUUUGCGGAGGUGUCACUGCUGAAUGCAGCGGUGCAGGAGAUGUGGCCUGAAAUCACAAGCUUCAUCCGAACGGUGCUGAAAGAGACCGUUGAGGAGGCCAUCCAGACGAGAGUACCAUGGUUCCUGAGCAGCUUGGGCUUUGGCCGCAUCAGCUUUGGGGACUCAGCCCUGAAGGUUGAGGAGCUGAACGUGGAGCGAACGACACAGACCUCGCACAACCAUGGUGAAGUGCGCAGCUUCAAAGUUUCCAGCCUGGUAGCUUGGGAUGCAGACGUCGAUGUGGCCCUAACAGCACCAACGGCCGUGCUCUCCGCAGAACACGUGCUCGUGAAUGGUCGGCUGGAUGUGUGCCUGCAACAUAUCCUACCCAGGCCGCCCUUUUUCACCGGCAUCACGUUCUACUUUGCGGAGCUUCCCAAGGUGGCCUUGACGCUGGAAGGCACUGUCAUGGGCUUGCGGGUAUCACUUGCAUGGUUGGAGAAGCUCUUGGCUGACAUCAUUCAGAAACAAUUGGCGGAGCAAAUUGUGCUGCCAACCGUCGCAACGGUAUUGCUGGACAUCACCAACGAGGAUGCCUGGUUCGAAACUGGUAGUGUGGUCCCGGAGGGUGUGCUCAAGGUUUGUGUGCACGGCGCCUGUGGGCUUGCGGCCAAGGACAUGGCGCUGCCCUUCGGGCUCUCAAGACCCAGCUCCGAUCCCUACUGCUUGGUCUCAGUCGGCGGCAAGCCCUUCCGCACACCCACCCGUCCUCAGAAUCUCAAUCCACAGUGGAGCGAAGCAGAAGGAACCAAGCAAUUUCUGAUCUAUUCUCUGACAGAGCAGCUCCUAACUGUGGACCUUUACGACGAGAAUCCCUACGUCGAGGACACUUUCCUUGGUUCCAUUUCCACUGCUGCAUCUGAUGUGGUGAAGGCAGAUGGCCGCGAGUUCUCCCUGGGUGGCCCGGGCGCUCAAGGAACGCUUCGACUUUCUGCUCACUAUACCGAGCUGAAACUGGAUGAUCUCAAUCUGCGCCGACAACUGAGGGCAUUGGACAGCAUGCUUCCGCACACUGCUGCUUUUGUUGUCCUGGUCGGAAUCGACUGCUGCACUUUCCCCGACGAGCCUGUUGAUAGCUCCAAGAAGCGCGGCUCGUUCGUGUGCAAAGUCACCUGCGAGGAACACGAACAGGCCUUUCCAAGCCGGACCGCCCGCAAACAGGGGCGCUACGGAGCUACAGCCUGGUGGCGACUGGACAGCUCUGAGCCAUCAAGCUCCGAAGCCACAUCUUCCUCGCCGGCACUUGGGCCAGAGGAAGACGAGGAGGUCUGUCGCACAGCGCACUUUCAGUCGACGUUCACCCACAUGCUGAUUGGAGAUCCCAGAGGCAUCGCUUGCCACAUCAAGCUGGAGAAGCGCGGAGGCUUGCCAGGCGUCGGCAAUGUUGUGGGCGAAGUGGAGUUUCCCAUGUAUCGGCUGAUUCAUGCCGCAGCCAACACGACCAAGGCCGUGCUGCAAGUGGGGCCGGCACAACUCUCUGUCCUUGCCCAGCUCCGAGCAACGGAUGCGGAUACCUCUCGAACUUACAGCACGUUGGCUUCAGCCGGGGCAGAUGGACACAAAGAAGCUCUGCAGGCGACAUAG